AUGGAUCCACAUCUCGCUCAGGUCCUCAAGGCCCUUCAGGAGACUACUUCGGGCUCACAGCCUCAAAAUCAUCAACUCUCCCAGCAGUCCUACGAUCCACGUCGGAUCUAUCAGCCUGACAUCCCACUGCCUCAGCCAGUACAGGCCCCUCAAGCAUAUAUUCAACAUGCUUCUCCUCCUCUUCCAGCUUCUGAACGUGUAGACCCGCGUACUAUUACUCAAUGGCCGGCAGCUUUGAAGUAUAUAACCACAGUCAUAACAACAAAUCCAGCUGCUAUGGAAAGGCUGAAAAAAACCCCAGAAACAAAACUCCAAGAACUCCAAACAUACGACGAAAAGGUCUACCGCGCAUCAGUCCAAAUGUAUGGAUCCAUGGCUGAAGACCUCAAGUCUCUCGGAAUCCCAUUCUUUGUUAUCACGGAAGAAGAGUUUCCAGGUGAUAAAGAUUCAUUCUUAGAAGCUAGGAAGAAAGUUAUCGAGUUGAUUGACGAUUUAACAUAA